UAAAGUUGGCAGGUCAAAUGAAGCCAAACUGGUCCUCAAAUAAAGGGCCGUUUGGGAGCCGGGGUCGGGCCCUUUUUACUGAACUGUGCCAAAUGAUCCGGACCACUGAAAAGAGCCGGAAUCUCCCUCACUACUGUAGAGGGCAGCAGUGCGCCUUGGUUGAGUCUGGUCUGCCGGGAAUUCAGAAGAAGAGGAAGAAUUGGGGAAAGCGCCAUUUUUACAGUCCAUGGACAACUCCGAAGAACUUUACAGCUGAAUAAAGAACAAGAAUGUUAUCUUUGGAGAAGUUUAGAGAUGUCAACGAGCGGCCAACUGCUGCAGCUGAGGAAAUAUGUGACGAUGCUACAAGAGCUGCCGUCGAGGACGAGGCAGAGAUCAACCGUCAGCGCAGAAUGCUGCCUUACAUCCUCUUACACAGAAUAGAUGUCCCACAGCAACAUGUGUGUAAGCAGGAGGAGGAGGAGCUGCAGCUCUGUCACCAGGAGAGGAAGUCCAGUCUGGACCAGGAGGAGCCAGAGCCUCCACAGAUGAAAGAGGAGCAGGAGGGAGAGCAGCUCAAACAGGAGGAGACGGACACGUCAGCGUUGAAUUUUCACAUUCUUCCUCACACAGACGUCCCACAGCAACAUGUGUGUAAGGAGGAGGAGGAUGAGCAGCAGCUCUGUCACCAAGAGAGGAAGUCCAGUCUGGACCAGGAGGAUCCAGAGCCUCCACAGAUGAAAGAGGAGCAGGAGGGAGAGCAGCUCAAACAGGAGGAGACGGACACAUUGAUAAUGACUCCUACUCAGGAGGAAAGUGAGCACAGAGAAGCUGAUGGACAACAUGAACACCAGCUCCUUUCUCACAACUCUCAUGUUGCUGAGAAUCAAGAUCCCAAAGAGAACAAGCAGAAAGACUCAGAGAUAACUGGAAAAUCAAAACAAAGACAAGAGCGAGACAGAAAACACACAGAUGAGAGGCUGUUUUCAUGUGAAGUAUGUGGAAAAUGGUUUAAACAUAAAAAGACUUUGAGACAACACAUGUUGGCACACACAGGUGAGAGUUGUCACUCCUGUAACACCUGUGGAAAAGAAUAUUUUAAGAAAUAUUGUUUGAUUAGGCACAUUCUCACUCACACAGAUGAGAAGCCUUACUCCUGCAGGACCUGUGGAAGAGGAUUCAGUCAGAAAUAUCAUUUGAAUCAGCACAUUCUUACUCACACAGGUACAAAGCCGUACACCUGUGGUACCUGUGGAAGAUCAUUCACACAAAAAUUUCAUUUGGAUAGGCACUUAAAAGUCCAUACAGAUGAAAAACCACAUACCUGUACAAUUUGCAAUAAGUCUUUCAGACAACAAAGUGAUUUAACAAUCCACAUGAGAACACACACAGGUGAAAAACCUUACUCCUGCAGCACCUGUGGAAGAAGAUUCUGCCAGAAAUCAAAUUUGAAUAAGCACAUUAAAAGUCACACAGGUACAAAGCCGUAUACCUGUGGUACCUGUGGAAAAUCAUUUACACAGAAAUUUCAUUUGGAUAGGCACUUAAAAAUCCAUACAGGUGAAAAACCACAUACCUGCACAAUGUGCAACAAAUCUUUCAGACAUGAAGGUGAUUUGACAGCCCACAUGAGAACACACGCAGGUGAGAGGCCUUACUCCUGCAGCACCUGUGGAAAAAGAUUCUGUGAGAGAUCAUAUUUGAAUCGGCAUAUUCUUACUCACACUGGUACAAAGCCGUACACCUGCGGUACCUGUGGAAGAUCAUUCACACUGAAAUCUAAUUUGGAUAGGCACUUAAAGAUCCAUACAGGUGAAAAACCACAUACCUGCACAAUGUGCAACAAAUCUUUUAGACAACAAAGUGAUUUGACAGCCCACAUGAGAAGACACACAGGUGAAAAGCCUUCUGCAGCACGUGUGGAAAAAGAUUCAGUUGGAAAUCAGACAUGAAUCAUCACAUUCUUUCUCACACAGGUACAAAGCCGCACAUCUGUGGUAUCUGUGGAAGAUCAUUCAAACAAAAAAAGUUCUUUGGACAACCACUUAAAGAUCCAUACAGACAAUAAAGGUUAAACGUCCUAAACAUGUUUCAAGUCUCUCAGAACUGGUGCUGACUUGAUGGUUCAUGAGAGAAGAACUGACACUGCUGAGAAGCUGUACCUUUGAUAUCUGAGAUCUGCUAGAAAAGGGACUUUAGCUGCGUUUCCAUCAGGGGUCCAGUUUGAUUGAGUAUGGUUUGGUUUGGUUUAGUAUGCAAAACAACAAAAUAGUUUGCGUUUCCAAGGACACGCGUCUCCUCAUUUGAUGGGCGGGCUGUAAAGGCUUUGAAUGUAAAAUCUCAUGGGGCACGAGUCUGGUGGUCCAGCUGAGUUGUAGAAAGGAUGAAUGACAGAAAUCAGUGGGGAAUAAGCAGGAAACUGCUUUAUUUCAGGUGCAAGUGCUUUUUAAAGAAAUAGCUACAUCUUAAGUGGUGAGGAUCUGUACUCACCACUGUGAGUACAGAUCCUCAACUGAUGGAAUAUGUGUAGAAACAUUUUUAGUCGUAGCGAUAUGUUAAUAUGCAAAUAUAUCUAGUCUAUAACAGAUUAUACAACAAUAUAAAAAUUUAGAGCUAUACCAUAAAUAUUUUUUCACAUUGAAAAUAAACCAAAGGUUUAACUGGUGUUAAAAUCAGACUAGAUUAAGUCAGAAAUCCUGGGUGUGCUGAUCAUGUUAUAAAACAGGCUGCAACCCUCCGUUUUACGAGUAUGUACAAUAGCAACAGACAGAUGUUUUCACAAGUUACCUAAAGUAAAGUGUAGAUGAAUAACUAGUUACAAAACAGAGAAUUAACUGAUCUAAAGCUUCAUUUUCACAAAACUUCAGCAUUAAUUUAGUUUCACUUCCAACGUGGAUAGACCAGGCUGAUGUGGGGGGGAUUUGCUUGAAUUGUUGAUUUGUUUGAUUGUUUUUAACGUUCUGUAAAGCAGAUUGAGUUUACAACAGUAUGAAAUGUGCUGUGCAAAUAAAGUUUACACCACUGCAUCAAAUGCUUUGCAUUGCAUUUGGUGAUGUAUGGCUUAGAUGCAGCUGCUCAGCCAUGGAAACUCAUUCCAUGAAGCUCUCUACACACUGUUCUUGAGCUAACCUGAAGGCCACAUGAAGUUUGGAGGUCUGUAGCAAUUGACUCUGCAGAAAGUCAGCAACCUCCGCACACUAUGCCCUUCAGGAUCAGCUGACCUCGCUUCGUCAUUUAACGUGGCCUACCAGGUCUGUAGUCAUCGACUCUGCAGAAAGUUGGUGACCUCCGUGCACUAUGCGCCUCAACAUCCACUGUCUGUCAUUUUACAUAGCCCACCACUUGGUGGCUGAGUUGCUGUCGUUCCCAAUGGCUUCCACUUUGUUAUAAUACCACUGACAGUUGACUGUGGAAUAUUUAGGAGCCAGGACAUUUCACCCCUGGACUUCUUGCACAGGUGGCAUCCUAUCACAGUACCACGCUGGAAUUCACUGAGCUCUUGAGAGUGACCCAUUCUUUCACAAAUGUUUGUAGAAACAGUCUGCACGCCUAGGUGUUUGAUUUUAU